AGAGAGAGAGAGAGAGAGAGAGAGAGAGAGAGAGAGAGAGAGAGAUGGAGCUCAAGGUCUACGGUCAUCGGGUAUCUCAGCCAUCGCGUGCUAUUAUGAUCUUCUGCAAGGCUAAUAAUAUAGAGUUUGAGGAGGUGUCGGUUGAUUUAUCCAAGGGAGAGCACAAGUCUCCUGAAUUCAAAGAGAUUAAUCCUGUGGGGCAAGUCCCAGCUAUCAUUCAUGGAGAGCUUAAGCUAUUCGAGAGCCAUGCAAUCCUGAUUUAUCUUGCCUCCGCAUUUCCUGGAGUUGCAGAUCAUUGGUAUCCAGCCGAUCUUGUCAAGCGAGCCAAGCUUCAUUCUGUGUUGGACUGGCAUCACUCAAAUUUACGCCGUGGUGCAGCUACCUAUGUUUUUAAUUCCAGACUAGCGGCGGUAUUUGGCCUGCCUCUGAACCCACAGGCAGCAGCUGAAGCUGAAAAAUGUUUGAUUUCGUCUCUGUCAACAAUUGAGUCCUUCUGGCUCGAGGACAGUGGGAAGUUCUUGCUUGGUGCAAAUCAACCAUCAAUAGCAGAUCUCAGCCUUGUCUGUGAAAUUAUGCAACUCGAGUUACUUGAUGAGAAUGACCGCAAUCGAAUUCUGGGUCCAUACAAAAAAGUUCAACAAUGGAUUGAGAAUACGAAAAAUGCAAUAAACCCUCAAUUUGAUGAACUGCAUGGUGCCCUUUAUCAUUUGAGUGCAACGCUGAGGAAGCAGUAAUCAACAGGAGAGUGAUGCUGUCUUUGUAUUGUUAGAAAAUCUGCAAUAAUAUGUUCUGGUUCAAGGACCUUGUCUGCUUGUCAUAAAAACCGAACAAUAUUUCUGGGUAUGUCCAGAAGAUAAUCAGAUUGAAUAAACAGAUAUGCUUUAUCUAGUA